UUCCUUCCUUCCUUCCUUCCUUCCUUUUUCGAGACAGAGUCUCACUGUGUACCCUGUCUCUCCUCGAUCUGGCCAUGUAGAUUAGGCUAGCCUCAAACUCACAGAGAUCUUCCCUCUUCCCGCCCCUACUGGGAUCAAAGGCGUAUACCAUCGCACCGGAUCUAAUAGUUAAAACAAGGUAUUUUAACUAUCAAACAAUAGUUAAAAUAGUUCUAAACAAGAAUCACCAGGAACUGGAGGGUACUACCCUGUCACUAUUUAAUACAUAUGUGUUGAUGGGUGCAUGUACGUGUGUGUGGAGGCCAGAGGACAACUUCAGAUACCAUUGUCACGAAUGUCAUCUGUCUCUGUCUCCCCAGUGCUGUGACUACGGUCCAGUGUCCUCACGCCCACUCUCCUAGUCAGGUUCCUGUAGCUGUGACAAAGCCGUCUGACCAAAAGCAAGCUGGGGAAGAAGAGGGUUCAUUCAGCUUACACUUGACAUUGUAGUCCAUCACUGAGGGAAGUCAGGACAGGAACUCAUACAGGGCAGGAACCUGGAGGCAGGAGCUGAUGCAGAGGCCAUGGAGGGUGCCACUUACUGGCUUGUUCUUCAUGGCUUGCUCACCCUGCUUUCUUAAAGAACCAGGACCACCAGCCCAGAGAUGGCACCACCCUCAACGGACCCUCCCACCCUUGAGAAAAUGCCUUACAGCUGGAUCUCAUAAAGGCAUUUCCUUAACUGAGGCUCCUCCUCUCUAAUGGCUCUAGCUUGUGUCCAGUUGACAUAAAACUAACCUCUUAAAAAUAUUUAUUUUACGGGUUAGGGAUUUAGCUCAGUGGUAGAGUGUUUGCCUAGCAAGCGCAAGGCCCUGGGUUCGGUCCCCAGUUCCGAAAAAAAAAAAAAUUUAUUUUAGCUGGGUGGUGGUAACACAUGUCAUUAAUCCCAGCACUCUGAAGGCACAGGCAGACAGAUCUCUGAGUUUGAGGCCAGCCUGGUCUACAAAGUAAGUUCUAGGUCAGCCACAUACAAACAAAGGAUUUAUAUCACUGGUUCAUACACAUGUAUGUGCAGUGGUGCAUUUGUGCAUACAUGGAGCCUAGAAGAGGGUAUUGGAGUUACAGGCAUUUUGCUUGUUAAAGGGACGCUGAGUUCCAAACUCUGGUCCUCAUGAUUGUGUAGCAAACACUCUUAAACCCUGGGCCUUUUCUCCAAUCCUCUGCUUUUCUGUGUGGGAGUCAGGCUCAGGUACUCACACACAAAAGGUAAAUGAUUUACAGCUGAGCCAUCUCCACAUUUUGCAAAUUUAAUUUUUACAUUCAAAUACUAUGAAAUGUGCACAUUAAUAACUUUUGUGGGGUUUCGUUUUUCAUGACAGGGUUUCUUUGUGUAGCCUUGGCUGUCCUAGAACUCACUCUGUAGACAAGGCUGGCCUUGAACUCACAGAGAUUCUCUUGCUUCUGCCUCCUGAGUGCUGGGAGUAAAGGUGUGUGUCACCACUACCUGACUUACUUUUAAGGUGUGGUCUGAGAUUGGAAAAGGCUUUCUAGAUGGGUCACUUGAUAAAAACACCACUCGGAAAAACCAGUAUCAAGAGGCUCUCAUGCAAUUGGAAGCUAUUUUAAAGAAAAUCAUAAAGGAACGAAAAGGAGGGGACUUCAGUCAACAUACCUUCAUUGACUCCUUAGUACAGAGAAACCUUAAUGAGCAGCAGAUCCUAGAGGACAGUGUGGUGUUCUCUCUGGCCGGCUGCAUAGUAACCGCAAGGUUGUGUACCUGGGCCAUUCACUUCCUAACAACAGCUGAAGAAGUUCAGAAGAAGCUACACAAGGAGGUAGACCACGUUUUGGGGAAGGGUCCUAUUACUUCAGAGAAAAUCGAGCAGCUCAGAUAUUGCCAGCAAGUACUUUGUGAAACCGUUCGGACUGCCAAACUAACUCCAGUUUCUGCCCAGCUUCAAGAUAUCGAAGGAAAAGUGGGUCCAUUCAUUAUUCCUAAGGAGACGCUCGUCCUUUAUGCCCUCGGAGUGGUUCUUCAGGACGCCAGCACUUGGCCAUCACCACACAAGUUUGAUCCAGACCGCUUUGCUGACGAGCCAGUGAUGAAAGUGUUUUCUUCUCUUGGCUUCUCAGGCACAUGGGAAUGUCCAGAACUGAGGUUUGCUUACGUGGUGACCACAGUGCUUGUGAGUGUGUUGCUGAAGAAGCUACAUCUGCUUGCUGUAGACAGACAAGUUUUUGAAAUGAAGUAUGAACUGGUCACGUCCUGCAGGGAGGAAGCUUGGAUCACUGUCUCCGAAAGACACUAGACGUUUAUGCACUUAAAGUCUGUUAAGAAUAUGAAGGGAAAUGCCCAGUUAGAAUGUGCUGAGUUCCUUUAUAAACCCAGUAUCCUUUUGUGAUAUAAAUUUGGAUUUUUAUAUGUCAAAAUUUCUUAAUGUAUGAUAUAUGUUUAUACUUAUAUUGACAACUUUAAUAGGAAAGUUUGAUUUUCUUUUAAUUUGCAUCAUCAUCUAAGCCAUUUUUUAAUUUUUAUUAUUAUUGGGGGGCAAUGGCUUUUGAGACGGGGUUUCUCUGUAUAGCCCUGGCUACUCUGGAACUCACUCUUUAGACCAAGCUGGCCUCAAACUCACAGAGAGCCACCUGCCCCUGCCUCCAGAGUGCUGGGAUCAAAGUCAUGUGCCACCACCUCCUGGCUAAGCCAUUUUUUAAACUUGAUGUUCUUAGUUUGAUCUCGCAGAUGAGUAAUCUUAGAGAAGUCUUUUGUGCAAGCUGGAGAAUCACGUUUUCUGGAUAUUCAUAAAAGAGAAACACAACGUUGCUUUUCGCAUUUCUAAUAAAUCACCUAUCAUUCUA